AUGUAUGUGAAAUGGUUUGAUACAGUAAUGUUUUACUAUGUGAUUUUAGUGAAUUUAGUGAAUGUCACUUUUUGUCAUUUUCAAAUUUCCCACCAUUCCAUCCCCGUACGUCCCGACGCUCGCAGGGGACGGAACCCCAAUGACAGAUGCCGGCAUCCGCCGGAUUACAUUGCUGGGGACACUUUAGGAGGGACAUCGCGGGAGUGCAGGACAAGGUAAUAGAAGAACAGAUCCCGGCGCAGCACCGCAUGGUAAGCCCGAGUGUAGCUCGGGGUUACCGCUUGUGCUACACUCGGGAAUACCGCCAGGGAGGUUAAGCAAA